AUGGCGUGGAAGACAGUAUUGGCGGCCUGUUUCAUGGGUGGAGUGCUGGCGGAUCAGUAUGGCGAAAAUCAUGUCACUGUCCGCCGCGAUCCUCCACAAGUCGAGGCUGCAUUCCCGGAUCCGGGUAUUCAACUGUUCUCUCCAGCAUUCAUUGACAACUCGAGUGUACCGGCAAAGUUCUCAAAUGGAACCGCUCCUCCGACAAGCGACGCCUUGAUGGAGUACUUUCUGCGUUCGCUGGCAGACAAGAACUUCUGGUUCACUUACUACCCAGCGACGUACCAAUCCGAGGAAGGACGCAGCUUUGGAUACGCAUACUUGUCCACAUCGUCUCAGCCGUGGACAUCCUCGCAACCUUGGUACUCUUCACAACCAUGGAGUUCGGACCGGAAUGAUACGAGACAGAAGGUGCGGGUCUGGCUUCAAGGUGCUGUACACGGCAACGAACCUGCUGGUGACCAGGCUAUCCUCGCUUUUCUGGGGAAGAUGGAUGCAAACCAGACUUGGGCUGCUUCGUUACUAGAGAAUAUCGACAUCGUUGUGCUCCCACGCUACAACCCAGACGGCGUCUCCUACUUCCAACGAACACUAGCGACGAACUUUGAUCCGAACCGCGACCAUAUCAAACUGGCGAGGCAGCAAACCCGCGACAUCAAGCGAUCGUUCAAUAAGUUUGCACCGCAUGUUGCCGUUGAUAUGCAUGAGUACAGUGCCACGUCCAGAUAUGGUGGAGAUUACCUACCUGGAGCGGAUGCUUUGUACAGUGCAGCGAAGAAUUUGAAUAUCGACCCGGCAAUUCGAAACUUGUCUGAGGAGCUCUUUGCUCCCGCCGUGGCAGCGCAUCUGGAGGAGCAAGGCUUCAGGUGGGAGCCUUAUGUGACUGGAGAGAGCAGCACUGAGUCGGGCUCAACCAUCACCUACUACGAAGCAGGAAGCGACGCCAAGAUUGGACGUAAUGGCAUGGGACUCAGCCAGGCGAUUGUCUUCCUCUGCGAAAUGCGAGGUAUUGGGCUGGCUGAUCAACAAUUUGCAAGACGUACUGCCACAGGACUCAACAUGCUUGAGGGGAUCGUACAGACGGCGUCCGACAAUGCCGACGAGGUGCUUCGUGUCGUUGAGCAGGGCAUAGAAGACUUCGUCAACGGCAAAGAGGACAUCGUCGUCACAGACGGCACGGAGAAGACUACGCGAGACUGGACUCUGGUCGAGUACGAAAGCGGCGACGUCGUCCAAGUCCCCGUCGAGUUCUACAGCACCACUCCCACCACCGCCAACCUGACCCGCUCCCGCCCAGAAGCAUACCUCAUCCCCCGCGCCUGGGCAGACGUCGCAGCUCGUCUCGAAGCCUCUGGUCUCGAAGUUCAACGUCUGCCUUACGACUACCGCGACAGCGCAGAGGCUCUUAACAUCACUUCACUCGCUUUCGAGGACUCGUACUACGAAGGUGCCAUCUUGACUACCAUCACGACUAGCGCUUCAUCCAGGUACAUCGAGCUUCCGGCGGGGGGCUUCUGGGUCAGCACAAGGCAGAAGAAUGCUGCUUUGGCGUUUGUGGCGCUGGAGCCGGAGAACAUUGACUCUUAUGUCAGUUUUAACAUCAUGCCUGUGGAGGAGGGAGACGAGUAUCCGAUUUAUCGAGUUCUGGCUUGA